AUGGGCGGGCGGAGAGCGGCGCCGGGCGGCGGCCGCAGGAGGCGACCCGGCCCCGAGGGCUUUGCCCUCCCUUGGGGGCCGCUGCUGGUGCCUCGAGAGCAUCAGGAACCAAACAUUUCCAGUAACCAAGUGUUUCCUAUUUCUAUUCUAGGGCAGUUGCAUGUGAAUCUUAGAGAAACAGGAAAGCUGAUGUUGCUGGGGUUUAAGGAGUACGUGUCUGGAGCCUACACUUGCACUCUUUCUCACAAAAUCUUAGAAACUACGACACAGGAAGAAAGAGAAAGGUUUGAGAUGAACAAAUUCAUGGUCUAUGCAUACAGGGAAGCUGACCACACAUAUCAGAUCUUCGUUCGCUUUACUACCAGGGAGUGUGAGCUACGAGCCGACAGCCAGUUCUUUGAGGAGCUCCUGAGAAUCGUACCUAACAUCACCUCGGAUCUGACGUGUCGCAUCACUGAGUCCUCCUGCAAGUGCCACUCUGUGAGGACACCCAACGGAGGCCUCCUGCACGAACUGUUUGUUAGUUUUCAAGUCAAUCCUUUGCACAAGGAUGGGAGGAAGCUUGCAAACAGGUUCCUUAGGACUGCGAAGAUGUGA